AUAACUAUGAUCCGAAAAAAUUUGACGAAGGUUUUUUACCAAAAAAACUCAAAAAGAAGAAAAAAGUACCACCUCCACCGCCACCAAUUAUUAAUAUUCCUGGAUUCGUUCGUAUAAGUGGUGCAAGACAUAACAUGGUUGUUUAUUUUGAGGAGUUGCGUCGUGACAACUCAAGGAGAAAGAGGCAAGGUUCCUUAAUAGUACAUGGUGAAAAAUAUAUAAAAGAUCUGAUAGCAAAAGGACAUCACAUAAAGAGCAUUGGAAUUACAGCACCAGAAGAUAUAAAAUCUGUUGAUGAAAUUUCUGGCUCAUCUGGAGAAGUUUUUAAAAACAUUGAUCAAUUCCCGGCAGAUCGUUAUUACGUAACGAGUGUCGAAUGGACACGUAAAAUACUCGGUGGGGAAGCACGCGUUAAUAAUAGAGAAAUAUGGGCUGAACUUCCAACACCAAAUAUUUCAUUCCCACAAAAUAUUUCAAAGUUAUUGGUAUUGGAUCACGUAAUUGAUGCUGUAAAUGUGGGAAUGCUAAUUCGUGCUGCUAAUGCCUUGCAAAUUUAUAAUGAGAAACCAUCUUCGCGUAUUGCACUUGUGUUAGGCAGUAAGAUGCACGGUGUUACUUAUCGGGAUGCAGGUCAAGAUAUUAUACGUGUAUCGAUUCCUAUGAUAAAUAAUGUAAAUUCGUUGAAUGUCGCGAUGGCUGGAAAUAUACUAAUGCACGAAAUAAAUCGUCUAAUGAAUACUAACAAAAAAUGUAUUGAAAAUAAAACAUAA